AUGAUCUUCAAGCCGAACGGAGAGCAUAUGUUUAGUAGAACGAACGGUCUGAUCACCCAGUCAAACCAAGACGUUACAGCGGAGGAGCUGUUCCUAACGAAGAAUAUCUUUCAAGAUGUGCAACGGAAGGUGACUGGUGGGCCUAUCAAAACGACGACGAUCGAGAAGGUGACGAAGAUCCCGAAAGUGGUCUUCAGAGAAAGGUUAAAGGAUAAAGUGGUCAAGGAAAAGAAGGUUGUCACGAAAGAAGUGGAGAUAGAACAAAUCAUAGAUGUCAUCGAAAAGAAGGACGAAAUAAUUUAUAACGAAGUGAAGGUACCGACAUAUAUUGACGUACCUAUAGUACAUCCAAGGCAGGAGGUAUAUCACACUGAGAUUUUCAAAAAUGUCCCUAAGGGGGUCGAACUCUUAGUAACGCAGAAGCUUGAAGUGCCAAAGAUCAAACCCAAAUAUGUCGAAGUCCAGGUCCCCAUUUAUGUCCCCUGCUAUAUAGAAGUACCCAUACCAGCUCAAUAUAUUCCCAUCCCGAAAGGAGAAAAGAAGGACCAUUUUACAUGCGGAAUAAAUAAGGAACAAAAAUUCUAUUAUGAAAAUCCUAUGAUUUAUAAUAACCCUCUCAUGCGUAGUGCGCUGCAGGCAGAGACCACCCAGGGAUGCUUCAAUCAUCAUCCGAACUUAAAUGGAAAAUGCCCCGUCGAUGGGGAGGGUAAGAAGUGGGAGGACGACAAGUCGGAGCACAACAAAUCGGAGGCGAUUCACUCGUCCAAAAGCUCCGUGCAAAACUGGGCCGUGGAACAAGCUGGCCUAGAUAAUCUCAUCGCCGCGGGGGCGCAAUGA